AUGUACGUUGCUAUCAAAGUCAAGGCAACCAAGAGCUCAAAGAGACGAGCCUCUGCCGAAAAUGAGAUAGAGAUCCUCCAGCAUCUCAACCGAACAAAUUCUAAGCACCAUGGAUGGCACUUCGUUCAAAAACUUACUGACACUUUCAACCUCGAAAGUCCAUAUGGCAGUCACCCUUGCCUCGUGUUGGAGCCUUUGCGUGAGCCGCUUUGGCUAUACUGCUCCCGAUACAUCGGAGGUGUCAUCCCUCCAGACAUCUUGAAGAUUCUGCUUCAGAUGAUACUUCUGGCGCUUGACUAUCUGCAUACAGAGUGUCAUGUCAUUCACGCUGAUCUCAAACCCGACAACAUCAUGAUAAGAAUUGAAGAUCCCAAGAUUUUUGAAAAGGACGCCAUCGAAGAGUACAACAAUCCCUUGCCCGAGAAGCAACUAGACGAUCGGACCAUUUAUUUGUCUCGAAACAACUACGGACCGCUUACUCGAUCAACGGGUAUCAUACAGCUCGUUGACUUUGAUCUUUCAGUUUGUUCAACACCAGGGAAGUUGCACUAUGGUGCGAUUCAAGGAGAGAAAUACCGAGCGCCAGAAGUCAUCCUCAACUCUGGGUACAGCUACUCUGCAGAUAUCUGGAGCCUUGGGGUAAUGCUUUGGGACUUGCUUGAAAAGAAAAGCCACUUUAGCCCUGUGACUCUAGGGGACGGGAUGGGAUACGAUGACUUGACCCAUUUGGCGCAGAUCACCGCCCUGCUUGGUCAUGCCCCUCAAGAUCUUUUGAAAAAAGGGAGAAGAUCAGCCUUAUUUUAUCAGGAGCACGGAGAGCUGAAAGACCCGAGCCUUAUACCCAGUAAUUUCAACCUUGAGAGCACGUUCACAUGCAUGGCUGUUGAGGAAAGACAACGAUUCGUCCACUUUGUCAAGAGAAUGAUGACCUGGCGCCCCGAGGAUCGAAGUACAGCCAAAGAGCUCUUGGACGACCCAUGGCUCUACAAAGACUUUCCUCAAGAUUGGAAAACACAGUCAAAGCAAUAA